CAACUCUUCAAUUAUUCUCAUCACCCAUCUCAGCAUGGAUCAAAGCUCAAUCAUCGUUGUCGGGGCAGGAGUCAUCGGACUGACUUGCGCCAUACGCCUCGGCCAGCGUGGCCACCCCGUCACUGUCAUAUCCAGAGAAUCCCCCGGCGACUUCCACAUCGACUAUGCUUCUCCAUGGGCUGGGGCACAUUUCCGACCGGUCCCCAUCACCAAGCCAGCGGACCGUCUCGAGCAGGGUUUGAUGCGAGAAACCUAUACCGAACUCCAAAGACUGUCGGAGAAGCAUCCCGAGGCUAGCGUCCAGUUCGUUCCUGGCGUGGAAUUCUUCGACGUGGCGGACCCGGCCUACUUCGACCCGCGUCUCACGCAGGAAAAUAGCUACGCUUCGUGGCCCGGAUUCCGCGUCCUCGAUCCUCAAGAUUUUCCUGAGGGACAUGACACGGUCAAGCUCGGGGUAACGUAUACUGCUUGGGUGCUGAACUCGCCGGUGUAUUUGAGAUGGCUUGAGCAGGAAGCGAAGAAGCUUGGCGUGAAAUUCAUACACCGAGAAUUGGCUGCUCUUGAAGAGGCGGUCUUCGUGUCUCGGGAACACGAACCAGACCGGAAUAUCCUUGCGAUCGUUAAUGCCAGUGGUCGUGGUUUCAAUGAUCCGCAUUCUUUCCCCUCGCGUGGACAGUUCAUUGCGGUGUCUAACCGGUGUGAGAAGACUGUGAGCCAUCAUUGGUCUGAUGGGUCGACUACAGUCAUUAUUCCUAGGCCCCUUGGUGGAGGCACGAUUAUAGGCGGCACAAAGGAGCCGAAGAACUGGUCGCAUUCUAUUUCCGAGAACGCAACGCUGUCUAUCUUGAUGAGGGCCGCCGCACUCUGUCCUGAACUUCUUGGAGGAGAGGCAGACACCAGCAGCCCGGCUCUGGGAUUCGACGUUCGAGAGGUGUAUGUCGCUCGACGUCCGAUGCGGCGUGGCGGACUCCGGUUGGAGACAGAUCGUCUUGUCUUUCAAGAUACAGCGGAGAAUGGUAUGACGAAUGAAGAGAAGUCUGUUCCUGUCGUUCAUUGCUACGGGGCUGGUCCGAGCGGGUUCAAGUUGAGCUGGGGUCUUGCGGAUCGUGUCGAGCGAAUGGUUCUGGCGUGUAUCGAGCAGAGCAAAACUUAGAUUUGAUAUAUUCUUGGCGCUUGUAUUUAUGGGUUGCUGCAUAUUCUGUCUGGGGAGUGUUAGUUUAAAGGUAAAAAGAGAGGACGAUUAUACGAGAUAGAGGUUCGGCACAAGUGGUAGCCUUAGGCACGACACUGCCAUAGACAACAUUCAUUCACUUG